GAUCUCAAAUAUAACAAAUGCGAGUAUACUACUAAAGAACUUAAAAAAAUUGUUCAAGAACUAAACAAAGAUAAACUAGAAGAAGUUAUAAUCAAAGAUAAUCAAGUUGAAUCAGAUGAUGAAAUAGAACUUGAUUAUGAUUCAGAUUCAUUGCAAUUAAAAGAUCAACAUUUUGAAAUUAAUAAUAAUAUAGAAAUUGAAUUAUCUGAACCUGAUUCUGAUGAUAGUAAAUAUACUUUUCGACAAAAAAAAAGAAAAUUUACUUUAGCUCAAAAAAAUAAUCAA